CGGAGUCGUGAUAGGGCGGGAGGCCGGCGCGCGGUGAUGACGUCACGGAGGAGCCGCCGUGGAUCAGCGCGAUGGCGGCGGUGGCCGCGAUCCCUGCAGGGCGGCUCUCGCUGGGGCGGCGCCGGUGCCUCCGCUGCGGGCCCGGUCCGCGGCCUGUGCCCGCCGGCGGGGCCGCUCCCAGACCGUGCAGCACGCAGGCGGCUCCGCAGGGCAUCAACAAGCCCGUCAUAGACCGCAUCAUCCGCGUAGACCACGCGGGGGAGUACGGGGCCAACCGCAUUUACGCGGGGCAAAUGGCCGUGCUGGGCAGGUCGAGCGUGGGACCGGUCAUCCAGCAAAUGUGGAAUCAAGAAAAAGUCCACCUGAAAAAGUUCAAUGAGCUCAUGGUUGCAUACAGAGUUCGACCUACUGUUUUAUUGCCUUUCUGGAAUGUAGCAGGUUUUGUUUUAGGGGCUGGAAGUGCUUUACUGGGAAAGAAGGGUGCCAUGGCUUGCACAGUGGCAGUGGAAGAGAGUAUAUCAGACCACUACAACAACCAGAUCCGAACUCUGGUGGAAGAAGAUCCAGAAAAGUACAAAGAACUAUUGCAGGUAAUAAAGCAAUUUCGGGAUGAUGAACAGGAGCACCAUGACAUUGGGAUAGAGCAUGAUGCAGAAGCAACACCAGCUUAUUCUGUUUUGAAGACAGCCAUACAACUUGGAUGCAAAGCUGCAAUAUUUUUAUCAGAAAGAAUUUAGUGAUGUUUUCCAGAAUGGUUGUGGCAAUAAACUGGGACACAAGUGCAUGGAAAUUGUGGAAGAGUAAGAGCUCUUAUAUUCAGCCUUUUAAAAUUUUCUGCACUAAGCACUUGAUUCAGUCAUCCUUUGUCACAUUGAGCACCCAUUUAAAAAGUAUCUGUGUUAAAGUCAGUUGGUCUAAAUGUGAACAAAGGUGGCAGAGUUGGGUCUGUAUGAACCAAACCUCCCUAUUCAGAGACUGUUCACAAGGUGGCAGCAAAAUAUGUGUAUAUAUGCAAUAUGUGUGUAUGUAUACACACAUAAAAAUUAUAAAUACAUUCUCUGUUGCCUUGAAAUUUAUGUGUACUUGAAAUAAGCUGGAGCUCAUCAGCUAAUUUUAAAAUGGUUAAUACUGAUGAAGUAGAUUAUUUUUGAUUUCUGUUUUCAGAGUAAGUGAACUACUGGCAAGUAUUUAUUUUCAAUCUGUCUUGAAUAAAGAUUGGUAUUAUAAGACCAA